AUGCCUCUCCCACGGCAGUGUUUCUCACGCUGGGCCAUUUUCAUCAUCGUGGGCUGCUUUGUCGUUGUCGUUGUCACAUGCGGUACGUAUUUCGGUUUGACGAAACGAAAGCAUCACUCGUUUGACUGGACGGCUAUCGUGAGCCAUCGCGGUGAUGUCCUUCCUGAUUUUAGCUUUGCUGGGUACCAUGCGUCAGCGAUAAUAUUGCCCAGUGGAUCUGGCGCUAAUGUUACGCUGGCUUUCAAUGGGAGUGUUGAUGAUGUUGGGCCUUUGAUACAGGAGGCUGUUGAUAAGAUGGCUGCGUUGGGUGGUGGAGCUGUGUUAUUGCCUGAGGGGAGAUGGCCGAUGAGUGCUGGCGUGAACAUUACUAGUAAUGUUGUUGUUGCUGGGGCGGGAAGUGAGAAGACUGUUUUGGUGUUGCAAGAGCCUCCUUCUCAGGCGGUGUUCACUCUUGGCACACCUAACAAUGGUACAAAGCCUCAGUAUGGCUUCAGGUCAAACAUCACCAAUGACUACGCUCCCAUCGGGUCAUCUUCCCUGGACGUUGUUGACAGUGCUGGUUUCGCUGCUGAUCAACUAGUCUAUGUCUCUCGCAGUGUGACAGAGUCAUGGAUCAGAGAGAACGGCAUGAGUGGUCUUGUCCGCGAUGACGCUGAACAAACGUGGAUACCAGUGGGCAAGAGGAUUAUGGCACCAAACCAAAUCAGCAGUGUCUACGGCACAAACGUCACUCUCAAGAUCCCUUUGACGGAUAAUCUUGACUCAGAGUAUACCCAGCCUGAACUCAUAGUCUACACACCACCUUAUAUGAAUGAGGAGAUGGGUAUACGAGAUAUGAGUAUUGAAGUCCCUGAUACCUGUUCCGGUGCACCCAUGAGCGACAAGACUUGCAAUUCUCCAGCUAUCCACUUCCCAUCCUGGACAGUUGACAGUUGGGCCAGUGGUCUUAGUCUCAAAGGCUUCAACAAGUUCUUCCAGAUUGAUACAGAUGCCUCCCGCAUCACUAUUCAGAACUGCACCAUGAACCGCGACAAGGAUAUCGAAGGUGCUGCACUGCCCUUCGACAUCUUGAUUCAGGGUUCUCAAGUUCUGGUUCAAGACUGUGCACAAGUUGGCAGCCCAGAUGCAAAAUGUUUCACUGUCGGCACAGGAUCUUUGACGCCAGGUCCCAACGCCGUCCUCCGUCACAAGGCAAAGUCUGAUGUUCAGACGAUAUAUCCUCAUCAGAGAUGGGCUCAUGGACUGUUAGUAGAAGACAGUUCUGUCAAGACGCUUUUCGUAGAUCGGGGUAUCAAGGGUUCGGGACAUGGGUGGUCUAUCAAUGGUGGUGUAGGUUGGAAUCUUGAUGGAAGUGUUGACUUUGAGUCGCCUCCGCUUGGUAUCAAUUGGUGUGUUGGUUGCAACGAUCCCCAAGGGAAUGCUACGUUUAUCGAAUCUGGUAAAAGGGUGGAUCCAGAAAGUCUUUUUAUGGCGCAGCUUGAAGGGAGAAACAUUUAUAGACAUAACCAGGAGGACGAGAUGUAUAACGAGUAG